UGUCCUCGAAAGUACUCAACAGCCAAGUAUACCUGCAAAUUAUGUGAUGCUUUGAUUGAGUCAGUGACAUUUGCUUAUAAACACAUUAAAGAGAAGAAUUACAAGAAAAACAUAAAGGAAGAGCAAGAAGAAGAACUGCUGACUACCUGACUACCAGCACCUUCCCAGAUGCAAGCUAUUGGUAUUGCCAUUGAAAACGUAGUGCAAGAGUUUGGCUUAAGUAAUGAGGAUUUGGAACAAAGGCUCAAAAUUAAAACAGCGAUGGAAGAUUUAUUGCACCAAAAAUUGCCAGAUUGCUCGCUAAGGCUGUACGGCUCCUCCUGUAGCAGAUUUGGUUUCAAAACUUCUGAUGUAAACAUUGAUGUCCAGUUUCCAGCCAAUAUGGCUCAACCAGAUGUUCUCUUACUUGUACAAGAAAGUCUGAAGAAUAGUGGUGUGUAGAUGCUCAGGGAUUUUAAUGUUACCCUAAAGUCCUUCAGAGAAUGAAGGGACUCAUCAGUUUUGGCCGCAAAUAGUUUUGGGCCUUCAAAGGGCAGGUCCUCGACUGUUGACUGCACCUCUCUCAGGAACUGCAAGAGAUGGAGCCUUGAUGCACGGUGCACGAUCGCUGAUGUUGCAAUGGAGCGUGCUGCUGUUUCCGCAGAGUCACGUGAGCCCUGCGACACUGUCCUAGCAAUGAGAUGGCCUUCGGCGAUGUUGGCUUUAAAUUGUUCUUUUUCGUCUUCCGGUAAGCUGCCAAUGAAUUCUGAUAUUCUCAAAAUAUUUGUGUGUGUAUUUUGACAGUUGGGCUUCAUAAUUAGCUAUGCGAAACUGCAGUGCUGCAGAUGACUAUGCCUUGUGACCAAAGAGGUCUAACUUCUUCAUUCUCUAUCAUACGGGGUUGUUUAGUAUGGUGUUGCUUUCCCCUUUGGUGUGUGUUAACAAGAACUCCACUC